CUCCCGCGCAUUCUCCGCGCAUUCUCCGCGCAUGCGCAGCUACGCGAACACGGUCACGCGCAGAGACGCACGAGCGCGCGCAGCAGUAGCGGAGCAGCGCAAUCGUUCAGCAGGAUUCUCGAGAAUCAUGAGCGUGGGAAAACUGGUGGUGUGUGUGUUGGCGCUGGCCGUGUGUGAGGCGUAUGUGUUUCAGGCCGGUCAGUCGUCAGAAGAUGUGGAAGAAACUCCUCCACAGAGCAGAGAUUUCUCUGGCUCCUGUAAGGGCCGUUGUUUCGAGCUGAAGGAGGCGGAGCCGCCCGGCUGCAGGUGUGAUAAUCUGUGUAAGACGUACCUGAGCUGCUGCUCCGACUUCGACAAAGAGUGCCUCAAGACAGAGGGAGGGUUCGAGUGUUCGCGAGAGCGCUGUGGUGAGGUCAGGAACGAGGAUCACGCCUGUCACUGUUCAGACGACUGUCUGCUGAGAGGAGACUGCUGUACCAACUACAGACCACUGUGCAAGGCAGGAGACAGCUCCUGGCUGGAGGGCGACUGUGAGGAGAUUCAGAGCCCAGAAUGCCCUGCAGGGUUUGUCCGUCCUCCCCUCAUCAUCCUGUCUCUGGACGGCUUCCGCGCCUCUUACAUAAGAAAAGGGAAGAGCGUCCUACCCAACAUCCUCAAACUGAGAUCAUGUGGAACUCACGCCCCUCAUAUGAGACCCAUGUACCCGUCCAAAACCUUCCCGAACCUCUACACGCUGGCCACGGGUCUGUACCCCGAGUCUCACGGGAUCGUGUGUAACUCCAUGUACGACCCCGUGUUCAAAGCUCAGUUCAGACUGAAAGGACGAGAGAAGCUCAAUCCCCGCUGGUGGGGGGGGCAGCCCAUUUGGAUCACAGCAGAGAAGCAGGGCGUGAAAGCUGGGACAUUCUUCUGGCCCUGGGUGAUUCCUCUGGAGCGGAGGAUCCUCACUAUCCUGCACUGGCUGCAUCUGCCUGAUAACGAGAGACCGUAUGUCUACGCAAUCCACUCGGAGCAGCCGGAUGCAUACGGACACAUCCUGGGUCCACUGAACAACGAGCUGGAUAACACUCUCAGGAAGAUCGAUAACAUCAUCGGUCAGCUGAUGAACGGCCUGAAACAGAUGAACCUCCACCGCUGUGUGAACAUCAUCCUGGUGGGCGAUCACGGAAUGGAGGAGUCUCACUGUGAACGGACAGAGUAUUUGGGCUCUUACGGACUGGAUGUUGAUGCUAUCAGACUGAUCCCAGGAUCCUCCGGAAGAAUCGGACCCAAAAACGCCAGCACACCAUAUAAUCCGAAGGAGAUCGUAGCUAAUUUGACAUGUAAGAUGCCCAACCAGCACUUCAAGCCGUACCUGAAGCAGCACCUGCCCAAACGCCUGCAUUACGCCAACAACAGACGCAUCGAGGACGUGCACCUGCUCAUGGACAGGAAGUGGCAUGUGGCAAUAUCUCCAGCUACCUGCGGCUUCUUUGGAGAUCAUGGCUAUGACAACAAGAUCAACAGCAUGCAGACAAUCUUUCUGGGAUUUGGACCGAGCUUCAAUUUUAAGACAGUAGUGCCUGUUUUUGAGAACAUCGAGCUGUAUAACAUCAUGUGUGAUCUGCUGGGUUUGACUCCAGCUCCUAAUAACGGGACUCACGGAAGUCUGAAUAGUGUGUUGAGGAAGCCCUCCUACACCCCCACACGGCCAGAGGAAGUGACAUCACCCACACCUUUAGCCCCGCCCACUGAGGGGACCCAUAACCUGGGCUGUAACUGUGAUGAUGAGAACAACAUUGAAGAACAUUCCCAGGGGUUUCCUUCUGCUGCGGACAGUGGAGCGUUGAACAACGUCACACACCUGCCGUUCGGCCGUCCAGCUGUUCUCUUCCAGACGUCGUACACACAGCUGUGUCACUCGGAUUACUGCAGCGGCUUCAGUCUCGUCCUCAACAUGCCCCUGUGGAGCACCUUCACACUCACAGCACAGGUGGAGGCUCCGGCGUCCUCCUCCAGCGAGUGUGUGAGAGCAGACCCUCGUCUCGAUCAAACACACACAUGUAACAUGUACAGCCAGCAGGCCGGCGUCACACACGCGUUCCUCUACCCACCGGAUUUCUCUGCUUCGGCUGAAUCCAGAUAUGAAGCUUCACUCAUCACAAACACGGUUCCCAUGUAUCCCGCCUUCAAGAGGGUGUGGAGUUUCCUGCAGAGAGUCGUCCUCAGGAGAUACAGUCUGGAGAAUAAUGUCAUUAAUGUGAUGAUGGGACCCAUAUUUGACCAUGACCACGACGGACUGAGAGACACAGAGGAGAAGAUCAAAGAGCACACACUGGGCUCCGUCUUCAUCCCCACACACUUCUACAGCAUCAUCAGCAGCUGUGAGAAACUCAACGAGACGCUGGACGAGUGUGACGGAGAUCUGACAGUCACCUGCUUCAUCCUGCCACACAGAGACGACAACAGAGAGAGCUGCAACAGUUUGGAGGACGAGUCUCUCUGGGUGGAGGAUCUGCUGAAGUUACACUCGGCUCGAGUGAGAGACGUGGAGCUGCUCACGGGUCUGGACUUCUACCGCUCCGCCGCGCUGCCGUACACGCGUGUGCUGGCGCUCAAAACACACAUGCAGACCUUCGAGGACCACGUGUAACCGGAUGUCCAACGCACCGCAGCCUGUAGUUUUAUUCAGUCUCAUAUUUAUUAUUCACCUUCAAGCUAAUAGAGAAACCGUGUCUCAGCUCGAACACACUGCAGCUCAGAGCGCAAUCACAAGAGUCCCACUGACAAACCCUUCAAAUAAAGUCAAAUGCAGUCA